UUGUCUCUGCAAUUACUGGUUACCGACGCCGGAAUGCAAGUAAUCGUACCGAACCAUGGUCUACUGCGGCAAAGCCUCCCAGGGGUGCAAGAACUGUCGAACCAGGAGAAUCAAGCACCAGCACUGUCUCACAAUGUACAAACAUAUACAAAGAAAAAGUACUCUUUGUCCAUGUUGAGGCUGUUACACUACUGGGAUCAUCCUUGCUGGUAGCUAAGCUCCAGCCCACAAGAGCUCAAGGUCACAACGACAUAUUGCUGAUAACCUGCCUUUACUUUAUAGUGUGAUAAGGUUCGGCCACAAUGCACCCAAUGCAUCCGAGUGGGCAAGACCUGUCCUGGCUACCGGGACCAGUUGUCGUUGAUGUUUCGAGAUGAGAGCACAAAGGUUAUCCAGAAGGCACAUGCUCAGUGGGGGAUUUCAGAGCUCCCGGAUUCCGUGGAUUCGCCCUCAAGCUCUUCGUCAUCUUCAUCUUCAUCGUCAUCGUCACCUUCAUCGUCAACUCCCUCUCCCAAGAGCGUCGUCUCCAGUCAAAGUUCCUUCUCCGAGAGGCCACGGUUCAAGUUGUCGGCAUCACCGGAACACAGCCUGACAAGGAUACCGAAAGAGAUCUACGCCACCAAGGACGACCAGGCCAUCCAGUUUUACGUCGAGCAUUAUGUGGUGGGACAUCCAGACGAACCUACUGCGACACAUGAGCUGCGGAUGGUGGACUGGAUUCAUGCCCCCGAGUUUCGAGACAUAAUGGCAGCUGUGGGGUUGGCAAGUAUGUCCAACCUCACUGGCGACAAAGUGUUGGACACCAUGGCGAGGCAGAAAUACGGCCUGGCACUUCAACAUACGGCAUCCUGGUUAGCAAACCCUCAGGCAAUGAACAUGGAUAUAUCAGUACGAACGGUCGUCAUGCUUGCCGUCUAUGAAGUUAUUCGAAACAAGGGUCGACCAGCCGACGCUGUGCGAACCCAUAUGAUGGGUGCCACCGCCUUACUCAGUAACUUUCUACACAUUCCCAACCUACCUCGAGAAGUGAUGCGUGGCUUCCUACAACUAUGUCUCUCUAUGCUCAACCCAUUCUACUCCGCCAACCUCACCCUCCCACCCGCCUACAGCGGCUGGUUCGACCUCUGCAACCGUCUGGCCGCGCCCUCCGACAAACCCGCCAUCGAGAUUCUCGACAUCGCCACGCGCUUCCUCAAGCUGCACGCCUACCUCAACAACUACGCCCUCAUCGACGGGCGGCCCAAAACAUGCCAAAUAAUCCGGGACGCCCUCGCCAUCGACGCCGAGCUCGACGCCUGGGAACGUCGACAAAACAGCCAAGGGAGUGCGAGUGCCAGUUCCAUAUGGACCGUCCUCGAGGAGCGUUGUCCCCCCGGCUUCUUCCCGCCCGACGGUGUCUUCGAGGACUGCUACCACGUCUACGCCGACCACUGGGUCGCCCGCGGCUGGAACCACCAGCGCUGGCUCAGGCUGCUGACGUGUCGGACCCUGAUUGAGUUUAGCGAUCGAUACCCGCUGAGCUGUACCCAAGUCUUUUCUUCUUCUGCGACUGCGAAUAAUAUGGCGGCGGAACAGCAGAAGAUCCUGGCCACCAUCCGGCGUGUUGCGCGCGACUUGUUGGUUUCCAUCCCGACGCACUACCGACACCCGAGGCUGGAAAGGAAGCAUCGUGCCUAUAUCGAUAAGACGAGUGGAGGGGCGGGCAUCGGCGUGGCGGGCGUGCCGAAUCUGUUGUUCCGGAUACAGGUGGCCGGGUCAGCGCCGGGAGUGCCGAGGCAUUAUACGGCGUUUGCGCGAAAUAUGCUGGAGACUAUCUUUGCGGAUACGGGCAUGUUGCAGGCGAGAGGGUUGGCGGAGACGUUGGUUGUCGAUGGUGGUGGUGUCGGAGGUAGUAGCAGCAACAGCAAGGUCAAGCAAGAGAGGGCUGAUACGCCGCCGGGCGGGGCGUUAUCGUCGAUAGAGUCUCUGCCUCCAUCGAGGAAGGCGUCGAUUGUCGUUCCACAACCACAGCAGCCGUUUGCUGGAGGGCAGCAGUUGCUUUGGUAUCAGGAGAGGCCGGAGGAGUCGUACUAUUAGUUGGGUUGGAUAUUCAACAUCCGGCGAAAAGGCUUGGCUUACAAAAGGAAUUGGGGAUAUCCAGGCUACCGGGUGGGAGUGGGCAGAUCUUCUAGGAUU